UUCAAAGCAGACAACUUGCACCGCAUUAUAUUCUCGAAAUUCCACUAAAACACAUAAAAACCUUUUUAUGGGAAGUGAUCAGGUGUUACGCGAUAAAGACACGGGUCACCCACCUUGAUAGAUUAACCUUAACCUUGGAUGUCACUUACAUUUAACUAAGCCUUGGAACUUUUUGCUUCCAUUUGGACAUUGAUCUUGUCCCUCCAGGAUGGGGUUCUUUCAGGUGUCACUUGUUUGCUUGAUCGUAUGCAGUGGCAUCCAAGCUUCUCCCAUAAAGCAAAGUGUCCUUCCUGCUCUGGAUGAUGAUGCCAACAACGGGGGUAACGUUAUGGUGUCGAACCUACUCAAAACGUUCGAGAACAUUCCAAUCCUGAAGAGCAUGGUAGAGAAAUCCGGCCUCGACUUCACAGAGCUUCAGCACUUACUGGGAGAGCAGAACCUCAUUGGCCAGCUCGUACAGAAUGUCUUCAAACUCUGCCCAAUAUGUGGACAAAUCAUUGAUGACGCGGCCAAGACAAACGUAGAACUCAGGAUCGUCCUUGCUCUUGCCAAAGGACAGACUCCAAAUCUCUUCGACCUGUUUAAACUUGCCACCAUGAAGUCGGAGAACAUGUUCAAUGCUGUGGACAAUGCUGCUACCGCUAACAAACAGGCCCAGUUGAUUAAGGACAAGAUGAAGGAACCACAUCCAAACAUAACCAACAUCUGGAAUAUGAUUACUGGGAAGAAGCUGGACACUGGCGAUAUCCUGGACACCGACAAAUAUGCUGUUGCUGGAAGUUCCAAACGAAAGAACAGGCAUUUGCUGGAAUUGUUUGAAUUCUUCGUUGCCAACUGGCGACCAUUGGAGAAAGCCUUCCGGACGAUGUCCAACUUCCCCAUCAACUUUGUAAAGGUCAUGCAGUACUUCCUAGGCCUUGACUUCUCAUCUUUCCGGUUUGCUAUGGACAAUGCGCCAAAGCUGAACAAUAAGAAGUACAUGAUAACAGACAACAAGGCGAAGCACUCGGAUGUGAACGAAUCCACUUCUAGCUUCGACUCUGACGAUGAUGCUGACAUUAUUCACGUCCUUCAAGAAGUCCGAGUGAAAUACCCAAGCAUGCACGAUACGUUUGCCAGCCCGAAUGGUAACGCUGAAGCUCGCGAUGCCGUCCUGCAUCUGAUUACAGAGGGUAUAGAAGUGAUGAACCGAUUGCUUGGAUAAGUCGAACAUUCGGCGAACUCAUAGACUUCGUAUGAAGGAAGUGAGAAUAAUAUGCGUGAACAUGUCAUAUUUUCAUCAAUGUAAGCGAAAUAAAACAAUACAAUAUAU